UUUCAUUACUCUAUCCUAUUUCUCUUUCCAUUACCAAUCUCAAAUGAACAAAUCAAAAAUGAGGUAAGAGAAUAUUCGUUUACUUAGAAUGAAAAUAAAAUGGGUCCCAGUUGUCCUAAUAUUACGGAAAGUAGCAAGAAUGAGGGUCGUCGUUUUCCGAGACUGACAUUUCUGAUUCACAUAAACCAAUAAAAAACAAACCCAACAAAAAAAUCCCAGUUUUCUAAGACAGAUCUAAAUCUCACUCCAAAACAAAACAAAAUAUAUUUCUCCCUCACCUUUGCAUCUAACACUCCACUUCACUCUGUACUUCAGUUGAGUUCACUUUGCAUCUACCACCACAUUCCAUGUCCACUCCCACAGAGAAUCAAAACUCACCAUCACUAGCCAUUGAAAUCCCUCUGAUACACACAGAAGAUGGUCAAACCAACAGCACCCUUAAUCUCUCCAAGUUUCUCAGCCGUUUAGAGACUUUUCUAACGUUGUUUGGUUACUGUCAAAGCUCAUUUGUAAGCUUAGUACUGUCAUGGAUCUCUUUUUUGCUUCUGGGUAUUGUUCUUCCUGUGUUUUUGAUCAAACUCUCGGCUUCUGCAAAGUUUGAUAAGUACCAGAUUAAUACCUUUGAGUUUCAGAUUCUGGUGUUUCAGUCUCUCAGUGCUGCUAUUUCUCUUCUUUGCAUAUCUCAUAACUUGAGAAAGUAUGGUGUUAGAAACUUUCUGUUUGUGGAUAGGUUUCAUGGUCAUUCCAAGGAGUUUCAUCAAGAUUAUGCUGACAAGAUUUAUGAAUUCUUCAAGUUGUUGGCAAUAUGGGUGUCCCCAUGUUUAUUUCUAAAGAUUGCUCGUGAGGUCUUUCGUCUGAUCUAUGUUCAUCAUGAUCCUUUGUGGGAAUCUGCUGCUAUACUGACUGGCUUGAUUGUCUCAUGGACUUACUCCACCAUUAUCUAUCUAUCCGGCUGUGCUUUAUUCAACCUGCUCUGCAAUUUACAAGUCGUACACUUCGACAAUUAUGGAAAGUUAUUAGAGAAAGAUAUGGAUGUUCUGGUUUAUAUAGAGGAACACAUUCGUCUAACGCAUCAUUUGUCGAAGAUCAGCCACAGGUUUCGAAUCUUCUUCAUUUUCGAGCUUUUGGUAGUGACUGCUAGCCAGAUUGUGGCUCUGUUUCAAACCACAGGCAACAAAACAAUUAUCAACCUCGUAAAUGGUGGCGAUUUUUUAAUAUCUUCAGUGGCGGAGCUUGUUGGAUUAAUAAUAUGCCUACAUGCAGCUGCAAAGACUACGCAUAGAGCUCAAGGUGUUUCAUCAGUUGCUUCGAAAUGGCAUGCUUUAGUUACUUGCACCUCAAGCAAUAGUAAUACAGAUUUAGAAGCUCCAAGUACCGGCGGUCCACUGCGAGCGAGUUACUCUCAAAGUGAUCUUCAGUCAGUUGACUACGUGCCACUGCCUACAAAUUCCCAACUCAGUUCAUCAAGUCAAUCUUUUAACAUGAGACAAUCUUUUGUGGCAUAUCUACAGAGCAAUGCUGGUGGGUUUUCUGUGUUUGGAUGGAUGAUCGACCGGCCACUCAUUAACACCAUCUUUUUCCUUGAGAUCUCGUUUGUCAUGUUUGUGCUCGGCAAGACCCUAAUUUACACUCCCAAUUAACAAUCUUAACACCUUUCCAAUUUUGGGCACCAAUCAUUAUGUUAAGAACCAGCUAAGUUAAAGAUUAAACAUUAUUGAGUUGCUAUGGAUAAUCGCUUGUGGUUUCUUAUCUCAAUGCCAUUUAGAUUCAGAACUUCCA